AUGACUAAUAAAAAGUGUGGCUUCCGUUUAGGAAAACGUAAAUUAUUGACGGACAAGAGGAGGUUCGUUUCAAAUUGUUGUCUGGUCUGUGCUCUCUUCGGAAUUGUGGCCAUGAUUGUUGAAACUGAAAUGACCAUGGCUAAUGUUUACGACAAGAGUUCGAAGUACUCGUGCGUGAUGAAAUCUCUGGUGACAAUCUCUACCGCCAUCCUUCUUCAUCUCAUCCUCAUCUACUAUCGACUCCAGGCUCAAUUAUUCAUAGUGAACAACAGUCUCGGUGAUUGGCGAGUUGCACUAUCGUGGCCUGUCAUCCUGCAGGCCACACUUGAAAUCGUCGUCUGCUCAAUCCAUCCCUUCCCUGGAGACAUCAAAUUCAUCUGGAAGUCCGUCAGCGUUGACGACGACGACGAUUCGCACGCCGUUUCAAUAGACCUCCUAUUGACAUUCCCGAUGUUCCUUCGAUUCUACUUGGUCGGUCGGGUCAUGCUACUUCACAGUCGGAUACUUACCGACGCAUCGGCGGUCAGUAUCGGAGCUCUCAACAGGAUAAGUUUCAACGUGAGGUUCGUUUUGAAAACUUUGAUGAACAUCUGUCCGGGCACUGUCCUGGUUGUCUUCAUGCUCACUGUUUGGAUACUUGCUAGUUGGACACUUAGAGUUUGCGAAUGUUACCACGAUCCAAAGCACAAAAAUUUCUUGAACUCUCUCUGGAUGAUCGCCAUAACAUUCCUCUCUGUGGGGUACGGAGACAUCGUGCCUAGAACAUACUGCGGUCGCUCUGUUGCUGUUUUUACCGGUGUCAUGGGAUCGGGUUGUACCGCACUCGUUGUAGCAGUGUUUGCACGUAAGAUGGAAUUAACAAGGGCAGAGAGGCAUGUACAUAACUUCAUGAUUGACAACCAGCUUUCCAAAAAGUUGAAGCACGCAGCUGCCAACGUCCUACGAGAAACUUGGUUCAUUUACAAAUACACCAUCCUCGCCGAUAAGUUGGACGCCAGAAAAAUACGGAGACACCAGGCCAAGUUCCUCACUGCCAUACACACUUUGCGAGACAUCCGAUCGAAAUUACGAACUCUGAACGAUAAUGCCAACACCAUGAUGGAUGUAUCCAGGCACCUCACACAUUCGGCCCUCAACACGACUCCAACGGUGUACAGCUCACAGCCCCCCGCCAUUUAUCAGCAGAUGCAAGUGCAACUCUCACAAGCCAUAUCAGACUUGUACUCCCGACAACUAUCGACUGAACAGAAAACUACCAGCAUCGAGGACAACUUAAACUGGCUACAAAACCAACUUGAAAGUCUGCCUGAGCAAGUCUUGUUCCACAUGUCAGCACCAUGCGACAGUCCAUCGCCAUUGUUAGGAAACCUCGCUGACGUCAGCAUGACGUCACACCUUCGUCAUCUUCAUCAUCAGAACGUCAAUGAUGUUACGACAACUUUGACUGAACCGUUCGAAGCGCAAUUAUAAAAAUGGUCUUUCUUAUUUUUUUCUUCCGCUCAUUCAUUCCAUUUGGAUUGAAAUACAUAUAUACCCAUUUAUAUUGUUAUAUGUUUCUAUAUAUAUAUUUAUUUAUUUAUAUUUACUUUAAUUAAUGAGACUAAACCAAUUUUAAAGUGAGUUAAUAUUUUUCUAAAAAAUCCGUACAACGGUCAGUUAAAAGUUAUAUAUUUUAAAACGCUUAUUCAUUUAUAGAUUUAGAGGAAGGCUUACGACAAAGAAUUAUUUUUAUAAAAUCACCAUAGUAGUGAAUAUUGACGAUGACAAAUUAUUUUUUACCCCACCAUAAAUGUAGUAAAUUAUGGAUUAACUGUCACUCGAGUCCUAUGUAGGUAGCGAAAUUAAUUUUUUCAACUUUUAAAUGUAAAACUGCAAAUCAACUUAUUGAAUUUUUGUUAUUUUUAUUAAUUUCUAAAAAGGAGUUUUUUUCAUUUAAAUUUUUACUAAUCAUAAAUGCUCUCUUAUUCAUUUUGCACAUUUUUCCAGAAAAAAUUCAAAAACUUUC